UGGCCGAAAGCGCCCGAAGCCCGAGCGGCGCAUGGGAUGCCGGGAUGCUGGAGGACUGAGGGGUGGUGAAGGGAAGAGAGAGAGAGGGGACGGACAUGGCUGCUGUUAGGAGAGGAAGAACUUCAUCAGUUCUGUCGUCUGUUCCCUUACAGAUCCUGUUCUAUUUAAAUGGAUUUUAUUACAUCUUUUAUUUCUUGGCAACGCUUCUAAUGAUUAUUUAUAAAAGUCAAGUUUUCAGUUAUCCGGAUAAUUACUUGGCUCUUGAUCUUGCGCUGCUGUUCAUUAUGACCACUCUAGAAGCAAUCCGAUUAUACUUGGGUACAAAGGGUAACCUGACAGAAGAAGAGGUUCCACUAGGGGUCAGUCUCGUGAUUACUGUUGGCAGCAUAAUGUUGUCUGUCUACUUCCUGGUGUGGGAGACUUACGUGCUAAAAGCAGAUGUCGUUAUUAAUGCUAUUCUUCUUUUUACAUAUGGGCUUGAGGGACUACUACAGAUCAUAGCCAUUGCUGCAUUUGUCAGCUAAAUCUCUGCUGCUCAGAGUUGUAAGGUACAUCUGCUUCCAACAUUUCUUCAGUAAAGAGACAACAUGCAUCUUUAAAGUCUAAAAGUAUUUGGUUUCACUUUCUCCAGUGUAAAAUACUGGGGAGGAAACUCAUCCUUAUAUUACAGGGUUUAAUAUAGCCCUAUUACAGCACAGCCCCCCAUGAAUAACCAGCUAAAAUAUUCUGUACAGUAGCUCUGUUCCACUGUUUGACUAAGUAGUUCAUUUAGUGGCAAUGGCCCUGCUUCAGGAAAACACUUAAGUACAUGCUCCGCUAUAAGUCUGAGUAAUUCCAUUGCAGUCAAUGGGAGUGCAUCUGGGCUUAAAGUUACACACAUAAUCAAGUGUAUUCCUGCAUUGGGUCCAUGUACUGACCUGCUGUGCCUAAAGACGUACAUGUGUAUUUAAUCAAAAUUCUGCGUCAGAUAUUUCUAUCCAAAUCAGAACAAAUAUAAACCAGCAUAUUACUCUAGUUGUAUGUUGGUGCAAUGCCAUUGAUUUUAAUGAAAUCACACUGGCAUAAAACUGGAGUAAUGCAGAGGAGAAUCAGGCCCUGUCUACAUUAAAAGAAAAUACCGUGGGCUCAAUUCUGCACUACCAGGUACAGGGUUGUAUUUGAGGGCAGAAUUUUGUCCUGUUGUCCUUAUUCUGAUCUCACUUGUGCCUUUUACACCUUCGUAACUCCAUUGACUUCAGUGGAGUUAUUCUAAUUGAUACCAGUGUCUGAGAGAGCCGAAUCAGGUCUCCUAUAUGCACAAGGGAGCUGUGUUACAGCUGUUGUGGGAACUACAGGUCUGACCACUCCUCAUUUCCUCUAAGGCCACAUCUCUGCUUUGGCAAUGUAAAGGAUGGGGGUUUUAAAUGGGCAUGAAUGUUACGUCCCCUUUGUACUACCUGAGCAGUGUAGAAUGGCCUUUUUAUAAAUAAGAAUUAGGCCUUGAUUUUUCCUUUUGAAAGAUCAGCUUUAAUGUUAUGUAAGGUUUUUAUC